AUGGCAUCGGAGGCUCUCUGCCACCCGUGGAGGUCACCAAGCUGCCCUCCCACCCGUGGAGGUCACCAAGCCGCCCUCCCACCCGUCGAGGUCACCAAGCCGCCCUCCCACCCGUCGAGGUCACCAAGCCGCCCUCCCACCCGUGGAGGUCACCAAGCCGCCCUCCCACCCGUGGAGGUCACCAAGCUGCCCUCCCACCCGUGGAGGUCACCAAGCCGCCCUCCCACCCGUGGAGGUCACCAAGCCGCCCUCCCACCCGUCGAGGUCACCAAGCCGCCCUCCCACCCGUGGAGGUCACCAAGCCGCCCUCCCACCCGUCGAGGUCACCAAGCUGCCCUCCCACCCGUGGAGGUCACCAAGCCGCCCUCCCACCCGUCGAGGUCACCAAGCUGCCCUCCCACCCGUGGAGGUCACCAAGCCGCCCUCCCACCCGUGGAGGUCACCAAGCCGCCCUCCCACCCGUCGAGGUCAUAUAAGCUAUAG